AUGGAGGGAUUCCACAUGUUGACGGCUUUCGCGAUGGUUUGGGCACCGGCACACUUGUGCCUCACAAAAACGGACUGGGCUGACAUGAAAUCGUGGACUGGUUCAAUCCUGCGAGAGCUCAUCGGCACGAAGCCAUGUGGCAAUGGUUCAGCCGCAGAUGAACGUGUGGAGGAAGCGAUGGAGAAGCUGCGCCAGAGGAACUACCAGUCCUUCAGCCGCUGUCUCUCUCACCUUGAUUUUGUGAUCGGCUUUUUCUUUUUCUACGACGCCACGACCAAACCUGGGCUUGACACCAUCUCCUUGUUUGUUGCAUGCAUAUUGGCCUAUUCCCAACACUUGAUGGUUGGCAAGAACUUGGUGAACCUCACGCCUUCUCGCUUGAAGUUCUUUUCUUACCUCCUCCAUCUCUUAACUCUCUUGGCGCUUCUUGGAACGCCUUGGUCUGAAAGCGCAUUCAAGUUUUCCUUGAUGCAAAGCUUCGUGACGGCGGUGCGUUUUUGCCUCGCCUUAUGUUUCUUGGACCCGUGGGUGUCCAUUCCUUUUCAAGCACUUUACACAGCAGCCGACUUGCUGAUUUCUGCCUCCUUUUUCCAAGUCUCUGGUUCCGAGUGGGGAGCCUUAUGCUGGGGCAAACUCUUCGUGCUGGUGGAAUCCAUCGCUGCAUCAGUCUUCGUGGACUUGGUCUUCCGCGCGCACAUCCAUGCCGUCCUGGAUAGCGCAGAUGCGGAAUCUUUGGUCGGGAGUUUCCGAAGGAUGCUACGCGGGAUCUCGGAUGGCGAGGUUUUGUUGGAUAGCCAGAUGAAGGUGGCCCAGGAGAGCGAGUGCUUGAAGCAUUUGAUUCUGACAGAUGUGAGCCUGAAGGGCCGGUCAUUUAAGAAUCUCCUUGCUGAAGAGGAACAUCGCUUUUGCGAGUUCAUUGAGGCCUCCAGCAAGGUGGAUCACGGAACGUCAGGGCCACCCCUGUGCUUGCGGGUGUCCUUGCGCGGUGCCGCGGGCAUUCGAGUUGCGGCCGAUCUUUACCAUGUGGCGAUUCCAGGCCUCUUUGGUGCUAAGUGCCCCUAUCACCUCCUUGCAUUCAUUGAGGAUACCGACUCCCGGCCAGCACCUGAUGCUCAGGAAGAUGCACUGCCGGCAGUACUAGUGGAUCCCUGGAGCCAGUCUCCGAGAGGCCUUCACCAGGUACUUGGAGACGCCGAACGUUCAGUGAGAUCGGGGAGCACUGGAGGUUCUUGUGCCCCAAUGUGCCCCGAGCUUCAAGACAUGUUCUUGCUGGUGGAUGUCGCCUCCAAGCAUCAUGAUGUUGAGCAGGUGGAGCUCAACUUCCAGCGUCAAGAGCCACAAGACUCACAAGACCUUGCAUCAGCAUUGCACUCCGGCAUGCCAAGCUUACGCAAGCUCGUGAAACCCACGGACUGGGAAACCAUCCGUGUGCGAGUGGCGCGCUUUGCGGAGAAGUCUUUCCGGCACCCGGAGAUGCAGAAGGCGAUAAAGGGGAUGACAGUGAAGUUGCCUGGUCAAAGUGGUUGGCUCCGUGUCGACGAGGCGACACUCUAUGGCAAGGACCACGGCAAGGUUUGGCUGCAUUUGCGUGGCUUCCACCCAGAGAAGGCGAAGCUCUUCUCGCAAGCUUCCGCGCCCUUCUCGCUGGGGGGACACUUGCCACAGAUGCAAAGCGAACUGGAGCUCCGACAGGAGCGCAAGGCCUCGGAGGAGCUGCGUGCAGCCGCUGAGGAACUGCAGCAACGACUGGUGAGCAGCGAGUGGUCGACCCUGGAGCCCAUGACCAGCAGUGCUUUGCAGGCCCCGCAGGAGUGGAAGUUGCAGAUGCUGCGGAAGGAGGAGGCAGUGGAGGAGCUGCAAGCCACCUUGCGACGGGAACAGCAGCAGAUGGCCGCAGUGCAUGAAGAGAUGCGACUCUUGCAGGACGAGGUGCUUCUCCAACGUCAGGAACUUCAGAGCCAGUCCACGCCGCUGGAGACCGUCGAGCUGAAGGACUUGCGUGGCGAAGUGAAGGAGCUUCGCCAGAAGUUGCAGGAUGCCGAGGCUCGCCGACGGGAGUCGGAAUUGGAACUGAAUGCCUUGCGGAGCGACUUCGCCCAGGGCGGGAAUGGCCUUCGUGAUGAGUCGGAGCAAAUGGCCAUGCGCGGGGAGGUCAAGGAUCUUCGAAUGAAGCUGAGGAAGGCGGAGGGGGAGCGUGGUGAGACGGAGGAAGAGCUCUCGGCCUUGCAGAAUGAGGUGAAGGCGUUGCGGCGAGCAGUGCAAGAGAGCAAGAGGCGCAUCCAGGAAUUGGAGCAAUCCCACGAGGAUGAGAUUCAGGUGAAUGACACACGAUGGCGUUCCGAGAUGCUGCUCAAAGAGGAGGCUUUGCAGGUGAAGUCCUCGGGCCUGGCCUCAGAGUUGGCCCGAGAGCAGUUGACUUGCCAAAGAUUGCAAGAGGCCAGCCUGACCGCCGCGCGGCAGAAGGAGUUGCUGGACGAUGAGCUGCAAGCGCUGAAGGGUGAAGCGAAGGACCUGCGACUCGAUGGACGAAGGCUUCUUCUCCGAAGUAGCUUCCAGAUGUGGCGCGGCAGCUGUUUGGCACGGCGUUUGGUGAGCUUGGAGGAAAGCCACCAGCAGGCAUCCGUGCAGCACAACAGCGAGCGCAGCUCGCAAGACGGGAAGGUGAAAGAGGCCUUCCGCCGCGCGAGCCAGGCUGAGCGGGACGCUGCCUCUGAGAAGUUCGCUUGCCAAAGAUUGCAAGAGGAGCUUCGGGAGGCGCAGCAGCAGCUGGAUGCUGAGGCGAUCAUCCAGAAGUCCAAGGCGGCUGCCCAAGAGGCCCUCAUCGAAACCCAGAGGAUGGAGCGAGCCAGAUUGGAGGAACAACUGGCAAUGGUGCGCUGCAAAAGUGAAGAGACACAGGAGGCUUGCGCUGCACGCGAGGCCAUGCGCUGUGCUGAGGUGCAAGCACAGCUCCUUGCACAGGCGGAGAUCUCCGAGUCCCGGCGGGAGGUGGCGCAACUCAGGGCCGAGCUUUCCUGCCGGGCAACUGAGAUGUCAUCUCUUCCAUCGCAUCUUUGGCGCAGUCCUGUGCAGGAGGACUCCUUGACCCAUGCCUUGAUCCACGCAUCGAUGGGCGUCCGAAGCAUGAGCAACGGCUAUCACAACUCGGUGAACUCGAGCUGGGAGUCCAUCAAGGUGCGUCCACGAGGCCAAGAGAAGUAUAUGACGCUUCUUCAGAGCAGCUCUGGAGCUGUGGCCUCCCUACUCAAGCAGGUCAGACGGCUUGAUGACGCACACCGCACUCUGAGCACAGGCCGCAACGCCGUGCUGGGAGCGACGCCGGCGCAGUUGCGCGCGGUGCAAGCACUCGAGAAGCAAACCAGUAUGCUGGAGCGGACCAACCAAGAGUGGACGGCCUCCUUCGGUUUUCACUCCAUGGAGGAUUUGGACGAUGACCUCGCUAGGCAGAGCGGCAUUUCGGUCCUUGACGAUGAGGUCUCCGCCUCAGAGCGGGGUGCCGCGAUGGUGCGCAUGCUCCGACGGACGGAAGGGCGCUUGGAGAGGCUCCAGGAUCGACUGCAGGGACUGUUGAGCUCACCCGUGUCUCGACGAGAAAGCCCACGGAGGUCUCCACCUGAGGGUUGGUGA